CCUGCUGAUGCUUAAUAUUCAACCCUGCUUUACACACUAGAGAAAGGAAUUUAUCCAUCUAGCCAUUCCCAACCAGUUUAAAUAGCUCCUUAGCCACGUAAGCCAAGAAGGGACAACAGCUUGAAGUGGCCUGAACUCGGAGCUGUACUAUGUGCGAGACGGAAUGGUGAACACAUACGCCUUAGGAUUCGAAGUUGUUGUUCCAAACGAAAUACCUGACCUUCAUUUCACUUGGCAAAGCUUGAGUAGGCACAAAGUAAAAUACUCAAUAGCGGUACUGGUUAACAAGACAGAAGCCUUGAGAGAUCCCCAACUGAAUAUUCCUAGUCAAGGUUUAGUGCCGGAGGAACAAAAGGUGUUUCAAGUAUUGCUGCCAUGUACAGGUAAACAGAGUGAAGAGGUAGAUAUAAGAAUUCAAAUCAAUGUCACAGCUGAAAACCAGCCAAAUAAUACAUUUUUAACAUUGAAACGAAGAAAGAUAUGUCUAAAGGAUGAUAGUCAUAAUGGAACCAUGUUGAUGGACCCAUCAGCCAUGGUGGCAUCAACUAAUUCCUUCUACAUAUCUGUUGGAUGUGCCAGUGGUUUGAUUGUUAUCAUGACAGUAGCAGCCACCACUUGUUACAUACGAAGUCAAAAAGCACGUAGAAAUAACUCCAAUUACAGGGGAGACUCAAUGAGAGGAGCUUCUUCCCAAGGUCAAACAUUCUUGAGGGUUGAUACACCAAAUAAUGCCAGUACAGUAGGAAGUUAUUCUAGCUUUCGACAUUUGACUCCAUCGUCUGUCAAUGUACCAGUACAAAUGAACAACCUAAGAGCAUCUGAACUAACUGAACAGAUUAGUGAGAUUGACAUUGAAAGGAAGAAGAUUGUAUUACAUGAAAAAAUACAAGAAGGAACUUUUGGUCAGAUUUAUCGUGGAGUGCUCAUAGAGUUUGAUAGUGAAACGAGCAUGAAACAAAACACAUUUGUGAAAACUGUAUCUGACCAAGCAUCAAAAGAUCAGAUCUCGCUGCUACUAGCUGAAGGAAUGAAGCUGUAUGGAACAAAUCAUAAGAAUGUGUUACCAAUCAUUGCUGUUUGCAUGGAUGAUGUGCAGCACCCUCUUUUGGUCUAUCCAUUCAUGAACCAGGGGAACCUUAAGAUCUUUCUUCAGAAGUGCAAGUUUUCAGUUGAAGGUCACUGUCAUACUCUGCUAACCCAAGACCUUGUUGGCAUGGCAAUCCAGAUUGUGCAAGGAAUGAUUUAUCUUCACAAGAAGAAAAUAAUUCAUGGAGACUUGGCCACCAGAAACUGUGUGGUGGAUGACAGAUUACUUGUGAAGAUUACAGACAAUGCUUUGUCCCGUGAUCUCUUUCCUAAUGAUUACCAUUGUCUCGGUGACAAUGAAAACAGACCUGUCAAAUGGCUUGCACUAGAGAGCUUACUUAAAAAAGAAUUCUCUACAGCUAGUGAUGUCUGGUCAUUUGGGGUUACUUUAUGGGAGCUAAUGACCCUUGGUCACCAGCCAUAUGUAGAAAUAGAUCCCUUUGAAAUGGGGGCAUCUCUUCGUGAUGGUUAUAGACUUUCUCAGCCAAUCAAUUGUCCUGAUGAGCUGUACACAUUGAUGGCCUUUAGCUGGGCUGCUGCUUCAGAGAAAAGACCAAGUUUUUCCCAGUUGCUUGUCUGUUUCCAAGACUUUUACAAUGCUCUAGGGCUUUAUGUUUGAUCUGUUUUUGACAGUUGAAUUAGAUAGAAAGAUCUCAUGUGUCAAAGCAUUAGCCAAGCAAGAUUAUUUUCUUUUAAUCAACAGAAAAACAAUUUAAACUGUUAUAGAAAUGAUCCUGUCAUUUCUUUUAUACAUUUAUAUUGUUUGGUGUCUAGUUUUCUUGUUAGCAAGUGCCAUGAAUCUUGUGUUUGAAGAGAGGUCUUUUGAACCAACAUGUUUAGUGCCAAGUUGACUUGUAAUUUGGAUCAGACAAGACAGUAGACAAGGUCACUUCAUAUUUCACACUGGAUCAGACUAUAAACACCAUCGAUCAGACAUUGUUUACUUGAUUGUUAUAAAUGAAUUACCCAUAAAAAGUUUGUCAUAUCUUGUAUCUAAACAGCCUAUUGCAGCUGAAAUAACCAUACAAGUACUUGUCUGGGGUCAUAUCUAAAUUAAUCAAUACCAUUAAAGUAACUAGGACUUGUCAGUGGCUAUAUUUAAAUUGGUUAAGACACUGAAGUAACUAGACAUUAUAUCUAAUAUGGGUAUCAACACUGGAGUAAUCAGAAUAGAACCUGUUAGUGUCACUCGUAUCUAAAAUGUUGUGAUUAGAUGAGAACAUAUUAAAGUUUGGGUGUAAAAACAACUUAUUAUUACACUGAGCAAGCAAGGAUACACCAAUUUAUGUUACUGGAUUAUCCAGGAAAGGUCUAAUGACCUUUACCACUUGUUGUGCCUACAAUAGGACAUGUCUAGUUUUAUACCAAAGACUUAUGAUCAACACUAGAAGACCAGACAGGGGCAUUUAAAUUUUUGUGUCUAUAAUGACUAUUUCUAUGGAAUAAACUGGAUAUUAAUGUGUAAAAUUCUAUACUUAAACUAAAUAUUACUGGUAAAGUAACUAAAUAAGAAAGCUAUGGAUCUUACAUGUGAAUUCACAAGACAAGAACACAUCAGAGCUUUAUGUAAAAUUACCUUUACCGCUAAGUGACCCGACAUGGAUAUAUCACAAUUCACAUCUAACACUGAAGUGUUCUUUCACUAGGUGUUCAAAAUAUAUAAUUUGUGGUUUUAUGAAUAAGAAUUCUUUGGACUCUGAUUAAUUUUUGAAUUCAUAUGGAAAACCUAAUAUUGAAUAUUCUAGUGACAUAAAAUAUUAUAUUCUUUCUAUUUAAAACCAAUAAUUAUUGUUCAGGAUUAAUCUAUGGUCAUGGAUGUAUGAUACAGAAUUUACUCUGUAGUCUGCUCUUUCUUCAAAGUCUGUUAUUGUUGUUUUUGUGUGUGUGUGAUAAACAAACACUACUAUCUUCUAACAUGAUACUAACAGAUGUUUUUGAAUACUAGGAGAUGUUUUUGAAUGUGAAUCAGACCUUUAAGAAAAGUGAAGUUUAUUAUUGAAGAAUUAAAAAAUAUAUUUUUAUUGAUUAUUCAAAUGAGAAAUAAACAUUGUUUAUUUCCUAACUCAUCAAAUUUCUCAAAUACACUACUAAACUAUGAUGUGAUUUUGUUUUGUAAUCGAAACGGGGCUUUUCUGGACAUUAUUCUUCAAAAAAGGACAUCAAACUAUUCGUAUCAAAUUGGAGUUACUCUUACUUUACAUACAAGUAAAGAUAUUAGCAGCCUAUUUGAAUUGCAAAGUAUUAACAAACAUUAAAAAUAUCAAAUUUUGAUCUUUAAUUUUGGUUUAUGUUUUUGUUGGAAAAUUAUUUGCAUAAGUCCCUCCACAUUUGUUAAUUUAAAGGUAUAUAUAUGUAAGGCCAGUUCCUGAAGCAUUAUAGAAAUUAAAAUUAAAUUGGAAAAUAAAUUAAUGUUAAAACCUACUGUUUUCAUGUUGAAUCUGUUGUUAGUUACAGAUUUGAGCUGUUAAUCUUGACAAGUGUGAGUAAAGAUGAAUUUAUAUUCAGAAUGUUUGAAAAGUUUACAUAUUUGUUAGAUAUAGAAGGUAAAAAAUAUAUUGAAAUGCACUUGGGAGUUUGAACAUGUAGUAUAUUUGUCAAUACUACAUUGAAUGAAAAACAUUUAUAUAAACCACAUGAAGUUGAUCUUUUUAUAUAUACAGUUUACUUCCCAAGAAAACAAAUGUACUGGUUUAUUAACAAACAGCUUGUGGUUUAGAUAUGAUUAUGUAAAAUGCUGCGUUUUCAUAAUGUUUUGGUGUGUUCAUGAGAGGUUAGAGUAGGAACACCAUUUUUCAUAUCAUAAUAUAAAUUAUAUAUAAUUACACCCUUUUACUACAAGGCACAGUGUUAUGUAAUAAUAAAUACCUACAUAUUGGGUCACAUGGCAUGCAAGUUGUAUAAUAAUAAUAAUAUAUACUCUUGUAUCACUCAGCACAUGUUUCAUACUAAUAUCGAACUUUACCCUUAUAUCAUAUACAACAGUUUUCAUAGUAUCAUAUAACAAAAUCCUAAAUUGACACGUGUUAUGUAGUAAUACAGAACUUCGCCUAGCAUGGUACAUGUGUAGUAAUAUGUGAUUUGUUAACUUGAACCAUGUGACACAUAAAUCAAUAUCACUGUCAUAUCAGAACCAUUCAUGGUUUAUAUCAUGUUUUAACUUACUAUUCUUGCUAAGGUUUUCUUUUUGUUUUUCCCUGACUCACCAGUAAUUCGAAAAUGCAUUUGGAAAGAAAUAUCAAAUGAUAUCGAGAUUUUCUUUGCUCAUUAUAGAGUUACAUAGGAAGAGUUGCAUUUUGACCUUCUAUUUCAAAUGUACUUGUUAAAGAAGAUAUACUUGUAAAAAAUGCUGCGAGACUGUAUUUUGAUAAAUAUGAAAUUUAAGCUGGGCUUUCUGAGACAUAGCUGCAUUUUGGUGAAGUCGUCUUUUAUCAAUAAUUAUUUGAUUUAGUGGGUAAUCCACUCUCUGAAGUAAAAAAAUUAAAUAUUCUUCUCCAAAAAGAUUAUACUUAAAAUAAACUUUUCAUGCUAGUCAAUGUUUGUUGAUGGAUUUUGUGUUUGUUCUUCAUAGUGAGUAAGUAGCUGGUAUGUUUAUACCUAUUUGUAUAGUUUGUAAAGCUAUUUUGGUAUUUUAUGGUGUUUCUUCUACAGCUACAAAAAUGCUCAAUUGUCCAGUGUAUGGCACAAGUAUGUCAAAUGUAUAAAUAUACAUAUAUAUAUAAAUAUAUAAAAUGUCAUUUUGUAUGUGUUUUUUGUUAUUAUUCUUUUACUUUUCAACUGGAAAAAUACUUCAAUAAGUAAUUCAAGAUUCUCAAAUUUUCUCUAGUUUCAAGAAUUUUCAGCUGUAAUAUUUUAU